UCGUUUGCAACAUUCAUUCGCUGAUUGAGAUUCAUUCGGUUUGUUUAAUUUAUAGUGUGGUUUUUUAUAGCGCACACGCAAACAACAAAAACAUAAAAAAAAGUAAUACUUUAGUGCGGAUUACGAAAAGGAAGUAUCAAAUAGAAAAAAACGCAAUAAAAAAGUGAAACAAAGAAAAUACAUAUAUAAAUGUGAUUUCUAGUGUGUGUGGGUUUGUGUGGAAAGAGUCAACAAGAUUCAUAAAAGUUAAUAAUUAAUUAUAACAUAUAUCAAUUAAAUCGUUUGAUAUAUACAUAUAUAAUAAUGGAGUUUGAGAACGCCCAAUUCCUUGACGCUGUAGCUGAAACAUCCUCAGCGGCUGUAGCGUCUGCAACAACAACAAACAUUGCGAAAGAUCAUAAUGUCGCGGAGCACAUGCAAUCCGGUUCCGGCCGCUUAUUGGUUAAUGACAAUGAAACGACAACAAAUACAGCAGGUACACAAUCUGCAGCCAACGCUACAUUGGAAGAUAAACAAAACCACCCGAAAAUGCAGAGGCAAACAAUGUCUGAUGAUGAGCGAAAUGCAACAAAACGAUCUCUAGUCAUACUGGCUGCGAUCUUUACAGCCAGCUUAUUCGCAAUGGUCUACGUAUACAUGAUAUUUCCCGAAUUGAAUGAAUCGGAAAAAGCGCAUAUUAAAAUACCCCGUGAUAUUCAAGAUGCUAAAAUGUUAGCCAAGGUUUUGGAUCGUUACAAGGACAUGUAUUAUUUUGAAGUGAUGUUUGGCGUCAUCACAGCCUAUGUAUUCCUACAAACAUUCGCCAUUCCAGGUUCACUAUUUCUCUCCAUUCUACUCGGAUUCCUCUACAAAUUCCCCAUCGCACUCUUUCUCAUCUGCUUCUGUUCAUCAUUGGGCGCCACACUCUGCUACAGUCUCUCGAAUUUGGUUGGCCGACGUUUGAUACGUCAUUUUUGGCCUAAGAAAACGAAUGAAUGGUCCAAGCAUGUGGAGAAACAUCGUGAUAGUCUCUUCAAUUAUAUGCUAUUCCUACGCAUGACACCCAUACUACCGAAUUGGUUCAUCAACUUGGCAUCGCCGGUGAUUGGUGUGCCCGUGUAUACGUUUGCUGUGGGCACCUUUUUCGGUGUGGCACCACCAUCGAUUGUAGCCAUACAAGCAGGUAAGACAUUACAAAAGAUGACCAGCUCUAGUGAUGCAUUCUCCUGGACAUCAAUGGCUUUACUAUCGGCAUGCGCAUUGGUCUCACUAUUACCGGGUCUAUUGAAGAACAAACUGAAAAAGAAGCUGGAGUAAAAGGGGAUAAU